CCCGGGGGACAGCCCCGUCCGGUCGCCACUUGGGCGAGCAGGCCCCCCUCCCCCCGGCUCCGGGCCGAAACGCGAUGAGCCGCCGGACUCCUCAUGACGGGGAAACCUGCGCUCCACUGCCUGUACUCGUGGAAGGGAGUCCUGCUUACAUGUCUGCCGGCCGCUAGGACCAGGAAGAGGAAAGAAAUGAGCCGUCAGACCGCCACAGCACUACCCACCGGUACUUCCAAGUGUACGCCGUCGCAGCGGGUGCCCGCCCUGACCGGCACAACAGCUUCCAACAAUGACUUGGCGAGUCUCUUCGAGUGCCCCGUCUGCUUUGACUAUGUGUUGCCCCCCAUCCUCCAGUGUCAGAGCGGCCACCUUGUCUGUAGCAACUGUCGUCCGAAGCUCACAUGCUGCCCGACUUGCCGAGGCCCGCUGGGGUCCAUCCGCAACCUGGCCAUGGAGAAAGUUGCCAACUCCGUACUGUUCCCGUGUAAAUAUGCCUCUUCCGGGUGUGAGAUAACUCUUCCGCACACAGAGAAAGCAGACCACGAAGAGCUCUGUGAGUUUAGGCCUUAUUCCUGUCCGUGUCCCGGUGCUUCGUGUAAAUGGCAGGGGUCUCUGGAUGCUGUCAUGCCGCAUCUGAUGCAUCAGCAUAAGUCCAUCACGACGUUACAGGGAGAGGAUAUAGUUUUUCUCGCUACGGACAUUAACCUCCCCGGGGCCGUCGACUGGGUUAUGAUGCAGUCCUGCUUUGGCUUCCACUUCAUGUUAGUCUUGGAGAAGCAGGAGAAGUACGACGGUCACCAGCAGUUCUUCGCCAUUGUUCAGCUGAUAGGAACGCGCAAGCAAGCCGAAAAUUUUGCUUAUCGACUGGAGCUGAACGGCCAUAGGCGGCGAUUGACUUGGGAGGCGACCCCUCGAUCUAUUCACGAGGGAAUUGCAACCGCUAUUAUGAACAGCGACUGUCUAGUUUUUGACACCAGCAUUGCACAGCUUUUUGCGGAAAACGGCAACUUAGGCAUCAAUGUAACUAUCUCGAUGUGCUGAAAUGGCAGUCGGACCCUUUCAGGCCAGUGUUUAAAACCGUCGCAUCUAACGUCACCGAAAAUAGGGUAACCAUCUCUUUGACUGCCAGAUACAAACUGUUUUGGUAGAUGUCAGCUAGACCCGGGAAGGUGAAUACAAGGAAAGGCUGUUAAAAUUACAGGAAAGCAGUUGCAUGUAGUAACACUAAUAUAUUUAAAAAUACGUCAACAGUAAACCACUGAAAAUAUCUAUACACCCAAAAUGGGCAUCUUUUGUAUUAAGGAGAAAGUUAAUUCUACAGGAAAUGUUGUAAAAUAAUUCUAAACUUGUGUUUGUAGAUUGAUUGUACUGUUGAGGAGAAUACUGUUUUUGUGUUUUGGUUUGUGUUUCUCUCUCCCACCCCCCCUUGACUGACAAGCCAUGUUGAGUGGUCUUUGACCGCUGCUUCCCCCCCCCCCCACCCCGCCCUUUGUAAGUCACUACAUAGUAUUGCUGCUGUUUGUGUAUAUUUUUUUGUGUAUUUGCUAAUUUUUAUUAACUUCUAGUUUUUCAUUAAAUAAAUUUGACUUUCUUUUCUGUAAUUCAGGUUUUCCUUUUUUUGUACCUUUUAAAAAUUACAGGUGUCUUAUCUUUUUGAUAUGCAUAAUUGUUUAUGGUAAAGUUUAUACCUAUGUAUGUUUGAUCAUUUUUUUCUCCCCCC